AUGCCGGUUCCCAGCAGGCACAUCAGUAUCGGCCGUUCUCAGAGCUGGGAUGCUGCUGGCUGGUAUGAGGUCCCUUGGGAGAAUGCCGGGCCUCCAGGGAGGAGAAGUUCUCUGCCAUAUGGCCCUGGAGAAGGGGCCUGGUGUGAGCUGCUAAGCCACUGCGCACAGGACACAGAGCCUUACCUAUCCAGAGAGGCGUUCUGUAGCCCGCUGUCAUCAAGAAAGGGCUGCGGGCCUGACUUGGCCUUCUACGACAGCAGACAGGCAGUGAUGUCUGGCCGAGGCUCCAUGCUGCCACAAGAGGACUAUGGCGACCCAUCCAGGGGCACCAGGGUCCCCAAGGAACCUCCCUUCUAUCGGGACCCAGGAGCCAGCAGGCCGGCGCCCAGCUACGGAGUGCUUGGCGGCAGAGUGCCAUGGGAGCAGGUACAAGGCCAGCUACCUGCUCUGCAGGAUACUGGCUUCCUGUACCGGGAAUCUGGGGGUAAAGCCAUCCCUCAUGGGCAGAGGACACAUGGCAGGGCUCCAUCUCCUGGGAGGUAUGGAAGAGAACAGCCUAAUCCAAGGUUAGGGACAGAGGCACCCAUGUACUCCCCGACCCCCAGUCAAGUCUACAAUGGAGGUGUCUGUGAAAGAACCGUUGACUCCACCCCUGCCAGACAGGUGGCCCCAACGUGCCUGGUUGUGGACCCCAGCCCAGCUGCUCCAACGGAGAACAGCACCGUGGUGGCCCCAGGUUCCCUGAAUAGAGGCUAUGGGCCUACCCCGGAAAACAUCCACUCCAGGCUGCCUUACGAGAAUUAUGAAGCUGACUUGUCCACGUUCCAGGGACCUGGGAGCAAGAGGACCGUGCACCCUGAGUUUCUAGCCCUGUUGCGGGCAGAGGGUGUGGCAGAGGCCACUCUGGCAGCCCUAUUACAGCAAGGCUUUGACUCCCCGGCCGUCUUGGCCACCCUGGAGGAUGCUGACAUCAAGUCCGUGGCACCCAACCUGGGCCAGGCCCGUGUCCUGAGCCGCCUAGCCAGCAGCUGCAGGACAGAGAUGCAGUUUCGGAGACAGGACCGGACAGGCCCUCCACCCCGCCCUCGCUCCAGUAGCUUCAGCCACCGAAGCGAGCUGCUGUCCGAUGACUUGGCCUCGCUGGGUACCACAGGCCCGCAGUUUCACCCCGCCGGACCUCUGCCGCCUUCAUCUUCCCGAGCUGGGGAUCUAGCUCGCCGCCCCUCCAGCGCACCUUCCCAGCAGCUCCUGGAGAUGGCAGCUACUUACUCUGCCCCUGUGGUCGGGGCCCAACCCCCACACUUACCCUCCAACUCUGGGUUUUGCUCUCCUACCCCUUGUGCCCUAACAGCACGGCUGGCUCCCUCAUACCCUUCACAAGCUGGGGUGGCCUUGACUAAUCCAGGCCCUUCUGUCCCCCUUCACUCAAGUCCCAGAACAGCCUACUCCACCUCGUACACGGUGCCCAUGGAACUGCUGAAGAGGGAGCGCAGUACGACUGCUUCUCCGCUGCCCAGCCCCCACGGCAGCCCCCAGCUCCUACGGAAGCCUGGGGCAGCCUCCAUGGAGCCACCUGCCCUGCCACCAGUCAGCCAGGGCCUCCACACACCUCAUUCUCCGUACCAGAAGGUGGCCCGGCGGACAGGGGCCCCCAUCAUCGUCUCAACUAUGCUAACUCCAGAACCAAGUAUCCGCCCCCAGAUCAUGAACGGCCCCCUGCACCCCCGCCCCCUUGUGGCACUGCUGGAUGGCAGAGACUGUACUGUGGAAAUGCCCAUCCUGAAGGACCUGGCCACUGUGGCCUUCUGCGAUGCACAGUCCACUCAGGAAAUCCAUGAGAAGGUAUUGAAUGAGGCUGUGGGUGCCAUGAUGUACCACACUAUCACCCUCACCAGGGAAGACCUGGAAAAGUUCAAGGCUCUGCGAGUGAUCGUGCGAAUUGGCAGUGGUUAUGAUAACGUGGACAUCAAGGCUGCUGGUGAGCUCGGGAUCGCUGUUUGCAACAUCCCGUCCGCUGCAGUGGAGGAGACAGCCGAUUCCACCGUCUGCCACAUCCUCAAUCUGUACCGGCGAAACACGUGGCUGUACCAAGCCCUACGAGAAGGCACACGGGUACAAAGUGUGGAACAGAUCCGUGAGGUUGCCUCAGGAGCUGCUCGCAUCCGAGGGGAAACACUGGGCCUCAUCGGCUUUGGUCGCACAGGGCAGGCAGUUGCAGUUCGAGCCAAGGCCUUUGGAUUCAGCGUCAUAUUUUAUGACCCCUACUUACAGGAUGGGAUAGAGCGGUCUCUGGGCGUGCAAAGGGUCUACACCCUGCAGGACUUGCUGUAUCAGAGCGACUGUGUCUCCCUGCACUGCAACCUGAAUGAGCAUAACCACCACCUCAUCAACGACUUCACUAUUAAGCAGAUGAGGCAAGGAGCAUUCCUUGUGAACGCAGCCCGAGGAGGUCUGGUGGAUGAGAAAGCCUUAGCUCAGGCCCUCAAAGAGGGAAGGAUACGAGGAGCAGCCCUCGAUGUGCACGAAUCUGAGCCCUUUAGCUUCGCUCAGGGCCCGUUGAAAGACGCACCAAAUCUCAUCUGCACGCCACACACAGCCUGGUACAGUGAACAAGCAUCACUAGAGAUGAGGGAAGCAGCUGCCACAGAGAUCCGCCGAGCAAUCACAGGUCGCAUCCCAGAAAGCUUGCGAAACUGUGUCAACAAAGAAUUCUUCGUUACUUCAGCUCCUUGGUCAGUCAUUGACCAGCAAGCAAUUCAUCCCGAGCUCAAUGGUGCCACAUACAGGUAUCCACCAGGCAUCGUUGGGGUGGCUCCAGGAGGGCUUCCUGCAGCAAUGGAAGGGAUCAUCCCUGGAGGCAUCCCGGUGACUCACAACCUCCCCACAGUGGCACAUCCUUCCCAAGCUCCCUCCCCCAAUCAGCCCACAAAACAUGGGGACAAUCGAGAGCACCCCAACGAGCAAUAGCAGAGAAUGCUGAAGGUAAUCAUUCAGAUAAAGUUGGGACCAAGAGACAGUAGCAAACAGAUUAACUAAGGAAAAGGAAUUUGGCGGUCUUUAAAACUGAUCCUGGACAUCACUGAUACAGUGUUAAAGCUACAAGAGCUAGAAUACUGAAGAUGGUAUCUGCUUCUGGAAGUGUGGAAAGACUAGGACGUGAUUUAUUAACGACCAACUUCUGUUAUUGUGUGUUAAGUUUUUCAUCUGUGCAUCAAAUCACAAAGAAUAAAUAGAGCUUUCCUUCAUCAGUCCCUUGGGCAUAGCAAGUCCUGGGCAACUUGCUCUCGAUGUUGCAUCAAAAGCUCGAAUAUUAAUAAAAAAAACAUUGAGAGGAAUUCCCCAUCAAGACUAGUCCCUUUGGUCUACAGGGGCUGGUUGCCUCCUUUGCCGGUAGGAAGAUUAAUUUUGACAAGAUGGGGAGGACGUUGUGUGCCUGUGCAGACAUCUACAUGCACAGGGUUGAAGAAGUAAAAGCUCUUGUACAGAAGUUCUCAACUCUGAGCGGGCAAAGCUGGUUGUGAGUUCAGUAAAACCCUCUGAUGAUACAAAAACAAAACAAACAAAAAAAAGGAAAAGAACAAAAAGAAAAAAAGUAUUAAGUUUCACAAGCUGUUUGUACUCAAAUAUAUUUUCUCAGUUUCAGAUCCUCAGCUAUUUUAUUGAGUGGAAAGUCUUGGACGAGAAGGGUUCAAGAAGAAUAAUGUUGCAUUUCCUUAUGUCUCAGGAAACACUUUUUAUGGUAACUUGUCAGAUUGUCUAUGAACAAACCCACUUUUUUAGACAUUGAUAAAUUCUUUUCUUCACGUGAUAUUUUAUACAAGAACACUUCAGAUGUGCUAUUAGAUGUGACUGAUUUUAACAAAUCCUAUUAGAUUUGUAUCAGCUAGUUACAUGUUCUAUUCAUAGUCUUUUGUGAAUCAUUGCCUUUUUGUUUUUAAAGAUGGCCUAUUUCGAGCCUUUGUAUAGGUACAUUCCUGUUUUUGUGACAAAAGAAAAACUUUAAAGCUGUCCCAAACAGAAAAAUAAUGGCUAUCAAAAGUAUGUUUUGUUUUAGUGUGAGUUUAUCGUUACUGUAUUUGUUUAUUGUAAAGGUGGACAUUUAGCGUUCAGUGCAGUUUUCAAUAAAACCUAAUUAAAAUUUCUGUUAAGUCCUGACAUUUAAGUACAUCUCACCUAUAUAAAAGCCCUUGAGAUGUCAUCACAUGGUCAAUCAAUUCAGCCAGUUUCCAACUCUUGUGGUGACAGUGUCUGACCUCAGAGAAGUCCAAAUUAGGUAGGCUAUCCUAAAGAUGAGGCAGUGCUUUGGUUAAUUUUUCAAUUUUUGACUUUAAUAUGCUCGAAAGUAGGAUGUGAGUCUUCUUAUCUUUUGGGGGUUUGGGGGGGUUACAAGAUAAUUAUCACUGUGGCCACGAACUGAGAACUUCGAAGUUCUACUUACAUUUUAAAAUAGCUUUUAAGUCCCACAAUUCCAAGUUUAUACUUCCUCAAACUUCUUUUCAGGGGGGUCCUUCCCCAUCCUAACUUCCCUAUGAAAUGACCACAUGUGGAAAGCAGAAUGGUAUUAAGAACACGCCCUUGACAAUCAUGUGUCUUGUCAGAAAUAUGGAUGAAAAGAGGUCCCAACUGUCUACACAGCAGUAUUAACCUUCUUUAUGUCUGGCACAGUAUGUCUAAAGGUUAGAAACAGAAGAAGUCAAAUCUGAAUCCAUGGUGUGCCUAGGUUUUGUUUAAUUAGAUCAUGGUUGUUCAAACAGUCCUUAGAAAUAAUUAUAUAUAAACUGACUCCAAAGAACAACAACAUCAGAAUAAAAACAAAGUACUGGUUUCAGCCUAGAAAAAGAACCAAAGUCCACACAGUUAUAAAAGUAUUACUGCUCAGAGUCAGUCUAAAGAUACCUACACCUGUCACCCAGUCAUGUUUAAUCAUCUUUGACAAAUGUAUACACUUUUUUGGGACAAUAAUUAUGGCUGUUGGUAUAGUUCAAGAGCUUAACAUAGCGCUGAUUUUCCAAAUGUGUUGGCCUCUCACAGCCAGCCAGGCUGCUACAGAAAGAAACAACAUAAAGUCCCGUUCCUGUCUUGAGCCUAAGAAAUGGAGCCAUCUCUUAUUCUUUCCCACAGGGAAGAAUGUGAUACCCAUCAAAUUAUAUGUGGUCAGAGUCGCUGGUCAUAAAUAAAUAAAUACAGAGGGAACUUAGGAAAGGACACUCACGAAACCACAGUACACGGAACAAGGCUCAGUCCUGAGCCUGACUCUGCACCACAAGGUCUGGGUGUAAAGCAAAUCCACCCGGAGGCCAGUUUUCUCCUCUUUACUCUGUUGCUUCUUCAUUUGAAAGAGGAGGUUUUGCUUAACUCGAUCUCUGCCUCCUGAAAAUUCAGCUGUACAGAUGCUGCGGAUGCUAAGUACACAGAAUAGCAGCCUUCUAUAGACUUGGUUAUCAUUCACUGACCAAAAUGAAAACCAAAUAGUCGAUUUCUAGGAAAACACUGACCACUGGAACAUUUACCAUUUUUGAUACCACAGUUCAUUUAUAUGGGGUCACCGACUAUGAAAACUACUUUCCCAGUUUUGGCAUGCAGCAUCAAUGACCUUUCAUCUUGGGAACACCUUAUUGAAUGUUCACAAGGAAAAGAACUAAAGACAUAACAGCUCAUAGGUACUUUUCUCUUUUUAGUAUUCCAGCAAACUGAAGGUUGUGUAUACUUCAAUACUAUCUCAUCAGAAAACAAGAUUAAAAGGUUUCACAGCCUUUUCAAUAAAGUGUGUGUUUGCUAUUGUAGCAACUACUUGCGACAUCAGUCUUAAGUGCUUAGCAGGACACUAUGUGUCGUGUUCCUGAGAUAGGUCAGAAAUGUUUACCCAGUACUAAUACAUACCUGAAGUGGUCAAAUAAGUCCAUAAAGUUUUUCUAAGAUUAUAGUUUUAAGUUUAAAUAAUGGCUACAACUAACCAACAUGCAAAAAGUCUUGAAUUACACAGAGAAAUUGAUGAUUCAAUGCAUUGACCACCUUACUGCAUUUAAAAAUCUUUAUUCUGUUUGUACUGAACUGUAUUCCCAAUCAGCCUAAGCAAAGGCAUGCCCUUAAUACAGCUUUUGCUUUAGAGCAGAGGUGACAAUAAAGACAGGACAAUUCUGAAGACCCUCUGCAUGGCCACCUGGGAGCAGAACAGGUUUGAGUCCAAGUGACUGUCACACAAUCCGACACCCAGUGGCAAGUGAGCCUGCUUCUAUUCCAUCCCUCCAGGGAAUAAGUGCACAAAUGCACCUGCCCAGAGUCGAGUAAGAACCCCCUUUACAGGGCACUCAUCCAAACAAAUAAAUACUUAAAUAAUGAAUGGGGUAAAUCAGGAAACUUAAACAGAAACCAAAACAAGACAAUUUCUAUGUAAAAGUUCACUCAAAAAAUUGCUAGUUUUUCUUGCAGUUUGUUCCUAAGGAUUUGAUUUUUAUUUUAUUGGGCACAACAGGAACUAAAUUAUUAAUAAAAAUAAAGGCUUGUUUAUUUUUA